CGCGCAUUUUCCCCGCGUGUCUUUACCUCUCACCGGCCCUCAAGCUAUGGCGGGUCGCUCGCCGCUGCUGCGGACGCUGGAGGGGGAGGAGCACGUCUGGGUGGACGCGGAGCAAGGUGCCGAAGUCUUUGCCCGAAGGGCCGAGGAAGCCCUGGCGACGGGUGCAUCCCUCGUGGCUAUGGACGCGGAGUGGCAGGAUCCUUGCCCGUUAUCAGUGCUCCAGCUUGCGCUGUCCGUGGAUCCUACGAAGCCCCCGACAGUCUUCCUCAUCGACUUGGCCAGCUCGGUGUCCGAGCUGGGCCGCGUGUGGGCGCGGAGACUGCUGGCAGAGGCGCAGGUGCUGGCGUUCAGCCCCAAGGAAGAUGUGCGGCGUCUUCGAGCCGCCGGCUUGGUAGAAGGUGAGCCUUCCUGGGUGGACCUGCAGCUCUACAACUGGGGCCUGGGCCGCAUGCCGGGCUUGCAGGCCGUGGUGGCGCGGGCCUUGGGCCUGCGCAUGGACAAGAGCCUGCAGAUCUCGGACUGGAACCGGCGCCCGCUGAGCGCGGAGCAGCUGGAGUACGCGGCGCUGGACGCCAGCGUGUUGCUCCGCCUCCACCGCUGCAACAUCGCCGCCCUGCCGCGCCUGGACGUUGCCUCCGCCUCGGAGACGUCGGCGUCGGCUUCGGCGGCAAGUUGCUUCCGGGACGACCUGGGCAUGGCGCAAGAGAAGGAGCGGUGGAACCAUUUCCGCUCGCUGGAGCACCGGCAGCGGCCGCGGUUGCUGAGCGGCGACAACGCCUUGUCUGCGCGGGACCGGAACGGCGACCUUGGUUUCAUCUUACCGGCGUCGCUGAACCGGCUGAUGCGGAAGCUCCGCGGCCUGGGCCUCGACACUGAGAUGCUGGCGGAGGGUGCGCCAGCGCGGCGACUGGUGGAGUGCGCUGAGGAGAGUGACAGGAUCAUCCUCUACUACAGCACCAAGAACCUUUUGCCCUCCAAAGCCGCACACCGCACCUACAUGCUGCGCAGCACCUCUCCGGAUGAGCAGGUGCGAGAGAUCAUCGAGGCCUUCGAGGUGGACCUGGACUCGGACUGCCUCUGCGGGCGCUGCGUGCAGUGCAACGCCUGGGACUGGCAGCUGGUGGGCCGCCAGGAGCUGCGGGACCACCCCAAGGUGGCGGCGAAGACCCUGGAGGCUUUCGAUGAGUUUUGGCUCUGUGGAGGUUGUGGCAAAGUCUACUGGGAGGGGAAGAUGUUCGUGAAGGCAUUGGAUCAUUUCCGGACCUUCAUGCCCAAGGAAGGCCGGGAGGGAGGCGAGGAAAUGGCCGCCCGGAGUCAGGAGUUGGAGAGCCUGGGUUGGAGCUCCUCGCGUGUACGCGCCGCCAUGGUGCGAGAGGGGUGGAUCAGCGCGGAGCAAGCGCUGGACGACGCGAGCUCCACCAGCGGGUAUGGAGCCUCAUCCAGCCCGAGCAGGGUGGCCUGCGCGCGAUCCUCUGGCCUGAGGGCGGCGUUGGUCGUGCCGGUGCUAUUCCUAUUUGCCGGCAACUUGCCGACGCUGCCAGUGCUGGCCAAACCACAUAACUCGGGAGCGCCGGCGUGGCGUAAUGGCUUCCGAGCUCAGGUUUUUGGUCCGAGCGAUGGUCGAGGGACUGCGCCGCUCUACACGGGCUGGCUGCGGCACCGCGCCUGACGGAUUCGCCUGAUCGAACCAAAUCUUGCUGCCGCUGCGACCGACCGCCCUCAGUGACAUGCAGCUGGCGCGGAUUUCAACUCGCCGGCACUCUUCCCGUAAAGCGGGGAGCAGGGUGUUGCCUCUCGACCAGUUUGACAAACAGGGUUUGGCCAACCGUCUGUUGC